AUCAGUCUCAUUGUUAACUUUCAAUUUUGUAAUACAAUCAUUCAAUUCUUAAUAACGUCAUGUCGCAAUUUUUUAAGAUAUUUUUAUUCUUGAGUCUUUUAAUACCAUAUAUGGUAUUUGCAUCCGAAUGCGGACCAAAUGGGGAAUUUACUAAUUGUGGAAGUCCUUGUGAUCCUAGUUGUGAUAAUAUCAAUAAACCGAAUCAACCAUGCAUACAAGUUUGCGUACCUAAGUGUAAAUGCAAGAGCCCAUAUGUACUUAAAGGCAAUCAAUGCGUUUCUCGCAGUCAAUGUUAAUUCUUGAAAAAAAUAAUAAGAUAUUUAUUCAACGAAAAGAGUUCAAUAGAUAUUUAUUACAUUGUGUUUGGAUUUUUUUGGUUGUGGUUACAUAUAUAAUAUAAAAUACGUGUUCGAUAAUUAAGUAAUUUAAUACGUUAUGUGAAUUAUACAAAAAAAAUUAUAUUAUUUAAAUGAAUCGAAAAAUCCAUUCGUAUGAUUUAAUUAUUGUACAAUAAUUAUAAAAUUGACGUCUUCGAAAUCUCAGGAAUACAAUUUUUUCAUGUUUAA